CAUUUAAAAAAAAAGAAUUCAAGAUAAGGAGAACUUGGAUAAUUGGUUAUCUGCAAGGAGCCUGGGAAUGGGGGUGGGAUUUUUCUUUGUCUGGGAAAUGCCCAGGAAGGAUCUGUGAGGUGUUUUAGGACAGCAGCAGCUGGGAGGAGGAAAUCUUGGUGGGGGAAAGUGGGAAAGAGUGAAACUGAGCCCAACAAAUCCUGAUCCAGGGGCUGGUGGGCAUGGAGAGCAGCAUGGGGGCACCCCAGAGGGCACCCCUGGCACAGGAGCUGUGACAGCCCUGCCUGCUGUGCUGGCACUGUUAUUUAUAACAAAUACAGAUUGCAAUUCUGGCUUUUCACAAAUGCUAAAAAAAUUGGAUUUUCUAUGUAUAAUGUGAGAGUAACUUUGCUGUACAGUUUUUAUUUCUGCUAUUAACUAAAUGUGGGCAUGGCAGUGAAAUAGCUGAUCUAGUUGUGAUAAUGGAACUGCCUCCUGAACUGGGAUAACACCAGUGAAUGUGGGAUGGAGACCCCUGCUAGGAUCAACACCUGUCUGCAAAAAGCACAGACCAAAACAGAGACCGAGGUGAUGAGAAUGGAUGAAACCACAGCCAGGAAAUGUGCAUGCCCUGAAAAGGUGGACCUGGUGCUAAACACUGCUUAGAACAUGUAAAUUAAUUUGGGGGAAGUUUAAGUGUGCAUACUGAUGAAUAUGCAGUAGGCUGAUGCAAUAGAAAAGGUACAGAGGAAAAGCAGAAUAGUAAAGAGUGUCUCUGAAACAGCAGGUGUGCUCUUGGCUGAAUGCCAAGCACCCAGCUCUUACCCUUCCUUUAUUUGUGUAUCCUACUGUCCUUUAUGAAACUUUUAAACUUUCCCAGGAAAGUGAAGCUCGUUUUUCACAGCAGGAACCAGGAGGGACAGCGGGAUACCGGCUCUGAGAGGACAGCAGGGCUGGGAGGGAAGCUGGGCCUGCUGAGGGUUUAAAAGUGCUCUGGAGGGGAUGGCAGUGGAGCUCUGAGCUGUGGCACGGGGACGAACAUGCACUUCGCAGAAGGAUGACGAGAUAACGGUGGGAAACCAGCCCUGCUGGUGCCAGGGGUGAUGGCUGGGAGCCGCUGAGGGGAGGGGAAAGGCGAGGCCGGGACCGCGAGGCCCCGGCCCUGAGGGACCGCCCGCCAUGUUGUUUACCGUCUCCAUAGCAACCGCCGCGCCGGGGGCGCCAUCUUGUUUACCGUAACCACGGCAACGCCCGCCAUCUUGUUCGGCGUCCCCACAGCAGCGCUCCCGAGCCGGCCGAGCCGAGCCCAGCCGGGGCCAUGGCGGACGCGGGGCGGCUGCACGACCUGGACCUCAGCGCCGAGGAGGCGGAGCGGCUCCGGCGCGCCUUCCGCGACGAGCGGUUCCGCGCUCUGUUCGCGGAGUUCGCGGCCGAGCUCACCGACCCCGAGCAGCGCCGGCUGUACGAGGAGGAGGUGGCGGCGCUGGAGCGGGAGCGCGGCGUGGAGGUGCGCUUCGUGCACCCGACGCCGGGCUUCGUGCUGCGGACCAGCCAGGAGGGCUCCCGCCGCUGCUACAUCAAUGUCUGCAGCAACCCGCUGAUGGGGGAGCCGCGGGCCCGCGCCGAGAGCGGCGGGCAGCGCUGGGAGCUGCCCUACAGCCUGGCCCCGGGCCGCGAGGAGCUGCGCCCCGCCGGCCGCCGCCGCCUCCUGUACGACGUGGUGUUCCACCCCGCGGCGCUGCGCCUGGCCGCCCGCAGCGCCCGCUUCCGCCGCCUGCUCCGCGACACAGCGCUGGAGGCCGUGGAGAGCCACUGCGGGGUGCAGCUGGACCGCAACAACGCCACCGUCCUGCGAGGAGUCUCCUACAAGGGCGUCCCGCAGGCGCCCGUCAUCCGCUCCCCGCUGCCCGGCGGCGCCACGAAGCCGCCUGACGACGGCGAGUCCCCGCUGCCGCCCUUCCCCUUCCCGCCCGCCGCUGCCCCGCCGCCCGCCGCAGCCCAAGGCUGCUCGCCCGCCGCGCCCCCGCCACCCUCCGGCCCCACCACGCCGCGCUGGAGCAUCCGCCACCGCUCCUACGUGGACCUGCAGGACUACCGGCACUGCCGCGACUCCGCGCCCAGCCCGGUGCCGCGGGAGCUGGUGGUGACGGUGGAGCUGCCGCUGCUGCGCUCCGCCGAGCAGGCGGAGCUGGAGAUCCGCGGGCGGGAGCUGCGGCUGGACUCGCAGUGUCCCGCCUACCGCCUGCGUCUCCGCCUCCCCUACGACGUGGACGAGAGCGGCGGCCGGGCCGCCUUCAACCGGGCCCAGCGGCAGCUGCAGGUCACGCUGCCCGUGGUGCUGCCACCCGUCCCGCGGGAACCACCGGGCCCGGCCGGGAAGCGGCAGAAGGGGGCCGAGCCCGAGGGGGCGGCAGAGGCGGGCGGCGGAGCGGCUCCUCCCCCGGAACUCGGGCCUGGCGGCGCGGCCCGGGGCACGUGUGGCGGCGGGGAGCUCGGUGAUCCGCUCACCGAACCCCCGCCUGACCCACCUUGUGAUCCUCCCGCUGGUCCGUCUGCUGAGCCCCGCGCUGAACCACCCCUAGAACCACUCUGGGACCCACCCGCUGAACCCUCGGGGGAACCUCCCGUUGAUCCAACCUCUGAACCCUUUGCUGACUCCCCUGCUGAACCCGCCCCUGAUCCAGCCUCUGAACCCGCCACUCAUCCAACCUCUGAACCUGCUUCUGAUCCAGUCUCUGAACUUGCCACUGAUCCAACCUCUGAAUCCCCUGCUGAACCCGCCACUCAUCCAAACUCUGAACCUGCUACUGAUCCAACCUCUGAACCCUUUGCUGACUCCCCUGCUGAACCCCUCACUGAACCUGCCGCUGAUCCAAUCUCUGAACCUAGCCCUGAUCCAACCUCUGAACCCCUCGCUGAACCUGCCACUGAUCCAACCUCUGAAUCCCCCGCUGAACCUGCCCCUGAUCCAACCUCUGCACCCCCCGCUGAACCCGCCACUGACCCCCGCUCUGAGCCCUUCACCGAAGCCGCCGCUGAUCCCCCCGCCGAACCCCCGGCCCUGCCCUGCUCCGGUGCCCCCAUCGCCAGCCCCGAGCCAGCCAUGCCCACCGGGGACACCCCCCCCCAGCCCUCCGAGGGCCACCCCAUCGAGAUGGCCACGUGCCCUCCCUUCCGUGCCCGGCAGGACGAGGUGUCCGUCACUCUGCUCCUGUUGGUGCCCGAUAUCCAGCCGCAGAGCCUCCGCGGGGAUGUGGGCACGCACCACUACAGCCUCCGCUUCCGCACCCGCGGCGCUGCCUUCGCCCUCUUCCUGCGCUUCCCCGCCGCCGCAGCGCUGCUGCCCCCCGAGAGCAGCGUCAGCGUCUCUGCCCACAACGCCGUGGUGGGGCUGGCCAAGGCCCCCGGCAGCACCGGGCUCUGGGACAGCUUCAGCUUCGGCCUGGAGCCCUCCGCUCUGCAGGAGAGGUGGUUUGUCAGCGAGGAGAGCCUUGAUGGAUUUCUGGGCAUUGCUUCCUGCCCUUCCCCUCGCUCCCAGUCUGCCCUGGAAAGCCAGGCAGGAAUUGAAGUGCUGGAUGUUACUGAGGACAGAAUUCAAAUCAGGGUGGAGCCACAGGAACGUGAUGGACAAGGAGCACUUGGCAGCUCAGAGGGAGCCCUUGCUGGGAAGACCGACAGCAGCUACCCCGAAACAAAGGCAGAACCAGAGUGUCCUGCAGCUGAGGGAGGUGCUGCGGGAUCCAGGCCGGCUCCCAGCGCUGGAACAAUGGCAGCAGCAGCAGCAGCAGCAGCAGCAGCAGCAGCAGCCCCGGGCUGUGCUUCACCCCAUUGUUGGCAGCCUGAACCUCCUGCCUCCCGCCCAGGCACUCCCGGCCGAGCUGCGAGAACCGAGCCCGGUUUAGAAAGUGCCAAUGCAGCAGGAGAGACAGCCCCGGGAGGGCUGCAGGGGGGUGGGGACCGGGAUGGGGACAGGGAUGGGGACAGGGACGGGGAUGGGUCCCCCAUCCUGCGGGAGGUGAACCCCGAGGACGGCAGCGAGCGCAUCCUCCGCGCCCACCGCACGCACUGCCCCCUGCGCUUCCACAGCUCCCUGCUCUACGAGCUGGACUAAAGGCAUUGUUUUACCAUUUCCUUCCUUGCUUGAUGCUUGUUCUGACUUCCACGUGGAUGUUGGGACUUCCACGGAGGCCGCGGGUUCCCACUGAAACUUUCUGUUGUUAAAGUUUAACAAUUCUCGUAUCUGUUGCAAUAAUUUUACUUAUAAGAAAAGUUGCAGUUGGAGGUGACUCUGAGCUCCUGGAAAAAAAAAAUGUAUCUUUAUUGUUUACAUAAAUUUUUGAUUCUCUUCCCACGUUUCAGGGAUUAUUUGUAUAUCUCCUCAGUCUAAUGGCUCCCUCGGGAAUGGAGCAGUAGUCAUCAUUUUCCAAACCUUUCAUUUUGUGAUAACUGCAGGAUUAGACUCGCAGUGAUUCUUUGCAAUCAAAUGAAAUUUCUAAUUACCCGGAGAAGUUCUAAUUAGUCUCCUAGAAAUAAUCAACAUUUAUUCCCUGUAUUCCAUCCUAGUGCUGUGCUUUGGAUCUGCAGCACCCAGAUAUCCCCAGCUGAACAAAUUCCAUUGCACAAGAGCAUCCUCUGGGUGCAUGUCUGCUCUGAAGUAUUUACAACUGGUGAAAUGGAUUCUCUUUAGCCAGAUUAGAUUUUUUUUUCUGUUUCCCUCGAGUCUCAGCGUUUUUCACCUCCUUAAAGCAGAAUAGCCAAGAGAACACAUCUAAUAAUAAACUUCCUGUUCCCCUUUC